AUGGCUGUAGCAGUUAGAAGAAUUGCUGGAGAAAAAAGCUGGUUUUGUCAAGUCCACAGUUUUUUCUCGACGAGUACGGAGAAAACUACCUCCUCUCUUUCUGCUAUUCAAGAAGAAUUCAAAAGCCUUUGCUCCACGGGACGCAUAAAAGAAGCCUUUAAGACAUACAAUUCAGAAAUAUGGACAGACCAACAUCUCUUCUCUUAUCUCAUCCAAUCAUUCAUACCCAGAAAGUCCCUUUUUAUAGCGAAACAGCUCCAUUCUUUAGUUAUCACUUCUGGAUAUGACUUCAAAGACAAAUUUGUGAGAAAUCACCUACUAAACAUGUAUUCCAAAAUGGGGAAAUUACAAGAAGCUAUAGCAUUGUUUAAUGCAAUGCCCAUGAGAAACAUUAUGUCUCACAAUAUUUUGAUUAAUGGGUGGGUACAACAUGGUGACUUGGAUAAUGCUCUUAAUUUGUUUGAUGAAAUGCCUGAGAGAAAUGUUGCUACAUGGAAUGCGAUGGUUUCUGGAUUGGUUCAGUUUGAAUUUAAUGAACAUGGGUUGUUUUUGUUUCGAGAAAUGCAUGAGUUGGGGUUUUUGCCUGAUGAGUUCACUUUAGGUAGUGUACUUAGAGGUUGUGCAGGUUUGAAAGCUUUAUAUGCAGGAAGGCAGGUUCAUGCUUAUGUGUUGAAAUAUGGGUAUGAAUUCAAUUUGGUUGUUGGGAACUCUUUGGCUCAUAUGUAUAUGAAAAGUGGUAGCUUGAGAGAAGGAGAGAAAGUUAUAAAAGUCAUGCCGAUGUGCAAUGUGGUUGCUUGGAAUACACUUAUAGCAGGUCAUGCUCAAAAUGGGCACUCUGAGGGAGUUUUGGAUUUGUAUAAUAUGAUGAAAAUGUCUGAUCUCAGGCCUGAUUGGAUUACAUUGGUGAGUGUAAUUAGUUCUUGUGCUGAAUUGGCAACUCUUUUUCAGGGUCAGCAGAUUCAUGCUGAAGCGAUCAAAGUUGGAGCUUAUUCUGUUGUUGCAGUGGUUAGUUCAUUGAUUAGUAUGUAUUCGAGGUGUGGGUGUUUGGAAGAUUCUAUGGAAGCUUUGUUGGACUGUGAACAUCCGGAUGUUGUUCUGUGGAGCUCAAUGAUUACUGCGUAUGGAUUUCAUGGGCGGGUAGAGGAAGCUGUUAAGUUAUUUGAGCGGAUGGAGCAAGAAGGUGUGGAGGGAAAUGAUGUUACUUUCUUAAGCUUGCUUUAUGCUUGUAGUCAUUGCGGAUUGAAGGAAAAAGGGAUGGAAUUUUUCGAGUUGAUGGUAGAGAAAUAUGGAUUGAAGCCUAGACUGGAACAUUACACUUGCGUGGUUGACCUACUUGGUAGGUCAGGAUGUUUGGAUGAAGCAGAGGCUAUGAUAAGAUCAAUGCCUCUAAAAGCAGAUGUUGUGAUCUGGAAAACUUUGUUAUCUGCGUGUAAAAUCCACAAGAAUGCAGACAUGGCAACAAGGAUUGCUGAGGAAAUUCUUAGGAUUAAUCCUCAGGAUUCAGCAACUUAUGUGCUGCUUUCGAACAUUCAUGCUACUGCUGAGAGGUGGAAGGAUGUCUCCAAGCUAAGGAAAACAAUGAGAGAUAGGAACAUGAAGAAGGAACCGGGGGUAAGCUGGUUGGAAGUGAAGAAUCAAGUUCACCAGUUCUCUAUGGGUGACAAAUCUCACCCAAAGUCAGAGGAGAUUGAUUUGUAUUUGAAAGAACUAAUAGAGGAGAUGAAGUUGCAUGGUUAUGUGCCCGAUACUGCCACCGUUUUUCAUGAUAUGAACGGUGAAGAGAAAGAAAGUAGCCUGGUCAACCACAGUGAGAAGUUGGCUAUUGCUUUUGGUCUAAUGAACAUUCCACUAGGUUCUCCAAUAAGGGUAAUGAAGAACUUGCGUGUCUGCAGCGACUGCCAUGUUGCUAUCAAGCUUAUAUCUCACAUAAAAGAUAGAGAAAUUAUAGUUAGAGAUACUAGUAGAUUUCACCAUUUCAAAAAUGGAAAAUGUUCUUGUGGGGAUUACUGGUAA